AUGCCAAAAAGAUCUCCCUUACACCAUUUAAAACAAAAUCUACAAUCGGCUGUUGAUGAAGAUAUUCCACUUCAGACAGUUAUGGACAACCUUGAGAUGCAGCAACAGGUUCAACAACAAUAUCCAUUAAUUGAUCAUACAAUAUUGAGUAUAACACAAGCAUUUGAAUAUGAACACCAUGUGAUUUUGAAUAUGAUUGAAACUCACUCUGAUUCUCACUUGACGAUUUACACUGAUGAUUAUUCAACCCCAGCGGUUAUUGCAUUAAUAGCAUCUGAUAAUUACGUAAUUAUUGCAGCAUUGUACAUCGAAUUAAAUCAUACACUGUAUUUUGCUGAAUUAUAUGCUGUUUAUCUUGCAACAAACUUUCUUUUAAAUCAUCAUUAUACAAGAGCAGAAUUAUUUUGCGACUAUCAAUCUGUUAUCAAAACAAUGACGUCAGUCAGAAAUUCGAAUUAUCUUGUUCAUUUGAUUCAGGAAAAUGUGUUUGAUUUGGCUCAACGAAAUUUAAAAUUUAAAAUUAACUGGAUACCGGGAUAUCAAGGAUCAAUAGCAAGGAGUUGGCAGAUAGGAUGGCACACGUUGUGCUGCUAA